GUGAUUCUUUCUACACACGCGACCUUGGAUUCAUUUCAAAUUACGUUUUCCAACAAGUCCGCAGCAUGGCGAAUAAAGAGCCCGGUGUAAGUUGACCCCAUCCUUUUUAGCAGCUAGUGAAUACACUAGCUACAUGAUUUAUUGUGUAAUUAACUUGGUGCAAUAACUUAUGCAAUAAUGAACAUAAACGGAACGCCGUAGAGGCAACCAUGUUAGCUAGCUUUGCAACCUAGCAUAAGCUUUUGAAUGAUAGCUCGCAAGCAACUUGUGAGGUAGACCAUUUAGAUUCUUAUAGAAAGGCAGGCUAAAAUAGCUAAUAUCACAGUUACUGAGUACGACGUCCAAAUGCCUCGUGCUGUUGCAAGUAUACUGCCCAUUUGAGUAUCUUUGCUAGCUACUAACGUUAGUCCACACCCCCUUGUUUUGUAACUGAGACGUGUGCAAAAUCGUAAACGUUCCUUACAAGCCAGAAUGUUGAAUAACAUUACAAUAUACUCGUACUGGAUGUAUGUGCCGUUUCGCCUUCUGCAGCUCGAAAUUUGAGAUAAAAUAGAGCUCCACAGUGGAGGUGUUAUAAUGGCAAUAGAACCUAGCGGUCAAACAGGGAAAUGGUUGUAAUCGUUUUUCCACCAUUCAAUUUUCCCAUAUGGGAUUUUAGAAACACUUAUGGUCUCUGUUUAGUGUCGGCUUACCCUGGCGUGACGUUUUGAUAACGAGACUGCCGAAUCGAGCCUAAGGUAAGAAUCUAUGAUGGACUAUCUAAUGUUAGUUAUCGACCCAGAACAUAUCAGUUUUUCCGCUGGAACCAUUGAAUCACUGGACCUUUAACUCCGGAUUCGUCGCUACCAGCUAGCUACAACAAAACGGACGCUGUGGUCUGGCUAAUUAUCCUGAGCUAAGCCCAUCUCCCGGCUAUCUACCUCUCUGUCAACCGGACGGGACCACCUAGUAUUGACACGGAGCCCCGCCGAUCCUACACGACUGGUCUGCCGACGAAAUCGUCUGAUGUGGUUACGACGUUAACCACGAAGAUUCCAUCCAUCUGCUAGCCCCGGCCCGCUAGCACACGCUAGCCGUGGCCUCUUACUCACUAGUUUACCACCGGACCUUAUGAUAACUCAGCUAUACAGCUGAUAUCUGCUGGACUGUUCCUUUUUACGGUACUACAUCCUGUUUAUGUUUAGCCUCAGCCCAAACAUGGUUAGUUUAUUGUUGUUUCGGUUAUUUCUAAUUGUACUAUAUCACUGCAGACCCCCCAGCCUAGCUAAACUUGCCUUAGAUAGCUCCUUUGCACCUCCUCCAAUACACGCGGAGACCGACUCAAUUUAUGCCUCUAGAGAUACCUCCAGCGAUGCUAUCUCUUUCAUUGUUACCCAACGCUUAGGUUUACCUCCACUUUACUCAUAUCCUUCCAUAUCCUUGUCUGUACAUAAUGCCCUGAAUCUUUUCUAUAACACCCGGAAAUCUGCCCCCUUUAUUCUAUGUACCCAACGCACUAGAAGACCAGUUCUUAAAGCCUUUAGCCGUAUCCUUAUUCUAGUCCUCCUCUGUUCCUCUGGUGAUGUAGAGGCUAACCCAGGCCCUGCAGCCCUCAGUAUCACUCCUACUCCCCAGGCGCUAUCAUUUGAUGACUUCUGUAAUCGCAAAAGUCUUGGUUUCUUGCACAUAAAUAUCAGAAGUCUACUUCCUAAGUUUGAGUUAUUCACUGCGUUAGCACACUCUGCCAACCCUGAUGUUCUAGCAGUGUCUGAAUCCUGGCUCAGGAAGGCCACCAUAAAUUCUGAAAUUUCCAUCCCCAACUAUAACAUUUUCCGUCUAGAUAGAACUGCCAAAGGGGGUGGAGUUGCAAUCUACUGUAGAGAUAGCCUGCAGAGCUCUAUCAUACUAUCCAGGUCUGUGCCCAAACAGUUUGAGCUUCUACUUUUAAAAAUCCACCUUUCCAGAAAUAAGUCUCUCACUGUUGCCGCUUGCUACAGACCCCCCUCAGCCCCCAGCUGUGCCCUGGACACCAUAUGUGAAUUGAUCGCCCCCCAUUUAUCCUCAGAGUUUGUACUGCUUGGUGACCUAAAUUGGGAUAUGCUUAAUACCCCAGCCAUCCUACAAUCCAAGCUAGAUGCCCUCAACCUCACGCAAAUUAUCAACGAACCUACCAGGUACAACCCAAAAUCCGUAAACAUGGGUACCCUCAUAGAUAUCAUCCUGACUAACAUACCCUCUAAAUACACCUCAGCUGUCUUCAACCAGGAUCUCAGCGAUCACUGCCUUAUUGCCUGCGUCCGUAACGGGUCCGCGGUCAAACGACCACCCCUCAUCACUGUCAAACGCUCCCUAAAACACUUUAGCGAGGAGGCCUUCCUAAUUGACCUGGCCCAGGUAUCCUGGAUGGAUAUAGAUCUCAUUCCGUCAGUAGAGGAUGCCUGGUUGUUCCUUAAAAGUAAUUUCCUCUCAAUCUUAAAUAAACAUGCCCCAUUCAAAAAAUACAGAACUAAGAACCGAUAUAGCCCCUGGUUCUCCUCAGACUUGACUGCCCUUGACCAGCACAAAAACAUCCUGUGGCGUACAGCAUUAGCAUCAAAUAGCCCCCGCGAUAUGCAACUUUUCAGGGAAGUUAGGAACCAAUAUACACAAGCAGUCAGGAAAGCAAAGGCUAACUUUUUCAAACAGAAAUUUGCAUCCUGUAGCACUAACUCCAAAAAGUUUUGGGACACUGUAAAGUCCAUGGAGAAUAAGAGCACUUCCUCCCAGCUGCCCACUGCACUGAGGCUAGGAAACACUAUCACCACCGAUAAAUCUACAAUAAUCGAGAAUUUCAACAAGCAUUUUGCUACAGCUGGCCAUGCUUUCCAUCUGGCUACCACUAACCCGGCCACCAACUCUGCACCCUCUGCUGCAACUUGCCCAUGCCCCCCCCGCUUCUCCUUCACACAAAUUCAGACAGCUGAUGUUUUGAAAGCGCUGCAAAAUCUGGACCCCUACAAAUCAGCUGGGCUAGACAAUCUGGACCCUUUCUUUCUAAAACUAGCCGCUGAAAUUGUCGCUAACCCUAUUACUAGUCUGUUUAACCUCUCUUUCAUAAUGUCUGAGAUCCCCAGAGAUUGGAAAGCUGCCGCGGUCAUCCCCCUCUUCAAAGGGGGUGACACUCUAGAUCCAAACUGCUACAGACCUAUAUCCAUCCUGCCCUGCCUUUCGAAAGUAUUCGAAAGCCAAGUUAACAAACAGAUCAUCGACCAUUUCGAAUACCACCGUACCUUCUCCGCUAUGCAAUCCGGUUUCCGAGCUGGUCACGGGUGCACUUCAGCCACGCUCAAGGUCCUAAACGAUAUUAUAACCGCGAUUGAUAAUAGACAGUACUGUGCAGCUGUCUUCAUCGACCUGGCCAAGGCUUUCGACUCUGUCAACCACCGCAUUCUUAUUGGCAGACUAAAUAGCCUUGGUUUCUCAAAUGACUGCCUCGCCUGGUUCACCAACUACUUCUCAGAUAGAGUUCAGUGUGUCAAAUCGGAGGGCCUGUUGUCUGGACCUAUGGCAGUCUCUAUGGGGGUGCCACAGGGUUCAAUUCUUGGGCCGACACUUUUCUCCGAGGACAUUGCGUUCAUCCACCUCUGGCCUGCUGGCUCCCCUUCCUCUGCGGAAGCACAGCUCCCCCUCAGCCCAGUCAAAACUGUUCGCUGCUCUGGCACCCCAAUGGUGGAACAAGCUCCCUCACGACGCCAGGACAGCGGAGUCACUCACCACCUUCCGGAGACAUUUGAAACCCCACCUCUUUAAGGAAUACCUGGGAUAGGCUAAAGUAUUCCUUCUAACCCCCCCCAAAUUGUAAAGUGGUUAUCCCACUGGCUAUAGGGUGAACGCACCAAUUUGUGAGUCGCUCUGGCUAAGAGCGUCUGCUAAAUGACGUUAAUGUGCCCUUGAGCAAGGCACUUAACCCUAAUUGCUCCUGUAAGUCGCUCUGGUUAAGAGCGUCUGCUAAAUGACUAAAAUGUAAAUGUAAAUGUAUAUAUCAAUGAUGUCGCUCUUGCUGCUGGUGACUCUCUGAUCCACCUCUACGCAGACGACACCAUUUUGUAUACAUCUGGCCCUUCAUUGGACACUGUGUUAACAAACCUCCAAACGAGCUUCAAUGCCAUACAACAAUCCUUCAGUAGCCUCCAACUGCUCUUAAACACUAGUAAAACUAAAUGCAUGCUUUUCAAUCGAACGCUGCUGGCACCCGCCCACCCGACUAGAAUCACCACUCUCGACGGGUCUGACCUAGAGUAUGUGGACAACUACAAAUACCUAGGUGUCUGGUUAGACUGUAAACUCAACUUCCAGACUCACAUAAAGAAUCUCCAAUCCAAAGUUAAAUCUAGAAUCGGCUUCCUAUUUCGCAAUAAAGCCUCCUUCACUCAUGCUGCCAAACAUGCCCUCGUAAAACUGACUAUCCUACCGAUCCUUGACUUCGGCGAUGUAAUUUACAAAAUAGCCUCCAACACUCUACUCAGCAAAUUGGAUGUAGUCUAUCACAGUGCCAUCCGUUUUGUCUCCAAAGCCCCAUACACUACCCACCACUGUGACCUGUACGCUCUUGUUGGCUGGUCCUCACUACAUGUUCGUCGUCAAACCCACUGGCUCCAGGCCAUCUAUAAAUCACUGCUAGGCAAAUCCCCGCCUUAUCUUAGCUCAUUGGUCACCAUAGCAGCACCCACCCGUAGUCUACGCUCCAGCAGGUAUAUCUCACUGGUCAUUCCCAAAGCCAACACCUCCUUUGGCCGCCAUUCCUUCCAGUUCUCUGCUGCCAAUGACUGGAACGAAUUGCAAAAAUCUCUGAAGCUGGAGACUCUUAUCUCCCUUAAUAACUUUAAGCAUCAGUUGUCAGAGCACCUUACCGAUCACUGCACCUGUACACAGCCCAUCCGAAAUUAGCCCACCCAACUACCUCAUCCCUAUAUUAUUUAUUUUGCUCUUUUGCACCCCAGUAUCUCUAUUUGCACAUAAUCUCUUGCACAUCUAGCAUUCCAGUGUUAAUACUAUUGUAAUUAUUCUGCACUAUAGCCUAUUUAUUGCCUUACCUCCAUAACUUGCUACAUUUGCACACACUGUAUAUAUAUUUUCUGUUGUAUUUUCUGACUUUAUGUUUUUUUUACCCCAUAUGUAACUCUGUUGUUUUUAUUGCACUACUUUGCUUUAUCUUGGCCAGGUCGCAGUUGUAAAUGAGAACUUGUUCUCAACUGGCUUACCUGGUUAAAUAAAGGUGAAAUAAAAAAAAAAUAAAAAAAAUGUAGUAAUGAAUAAAUUGGGUACAUUUCUUUAAAUGGACAAUUCUGUGAACUGUCUUGUGCAAGUUUUAAAUUGACACAAUACAUGUUAGCAAAGGUGUCGGCUAGAGAUGACGUGCAUUGAUGCCAAUUACCAUUUUUUAAAUCAGAGUAAAUGAAGCUAUAUAUAUUUAUUAAGCAAAAAAAGAAACGUCCCCUUUUCAGGACCCUGUCUUUCAAAGAUAAUUCGUAAAAAUCCAAAUAACUUCACAGAUCUUCAUUGUAAAGGGUUUAACACUGUUUCCCAUGCUUGUUCAAUGAACCAUAAACAAUUAAUGAACAUGCACCUGUGGAGUUAUGAAGACUUAGGAUACUAAAGAGGCCUUUCUACUGACUCUGAAAAACACCAAAAGAAAGAUGCCCAGGGUCCCUGCUCAUCUGCGUGAACGUGCCUUAGGCAUGCUGCAAGGAUGCAUGAGGACUGCAGAUGUGGCCAGGGCAAUAAAUUGCAAUGUCUGUACUGUGAGACGCCUAAGACAGCGCUACAGGGAGACAGCACGGACAGCUGAUCGUCCUCACAGUGGCAGACCAUGUGUAACAACACCUGCACAGGAUCGGUACAUCCGAACAUCACACCUGCGGGACAGGUACAGGAUGGCAACAACUGCCCAAGUUACCCCAGGAAUGCACAAUCCCUCCAUCAGUGCGCAGACUGUCCGCAAUAGGCUGAGAGAGGCUAGACUGUGGGCUUGUAGGCCUGUUGUAAGGCAGGUCCUCACCAGACAUCACCGGCAACAACGUUGCCUAUGGGCACAAACCCACAGUCGCUGGACAGGACUGGCAAAAAGUGCUCUCCCUGUCUCACCAGGGGUGAUGGUCGGAUUCGCGUUUAUCGUCGACGGAAUGAGCGUUACACCGAGGACUGUACUCUGGAGCGGGAUCGAGGUGGAGGGUCCGUCAUGGUCUGGGGCGGUGUGUCACAGCAUCAUCGGACUGAGCUUGUCAGUGCAGGAAAUCUCAACGCUGUGCGUUACAGGGAAGACAUCCUCCUCCCUCAUGUGGUACCCUUCCUGCAGGCUCAUCCUGACAUGACCCUCCAGCAUGACAAUGCCACCAGCCAUACUGCUUGUUCUGUGUGUGAUUUCCUGUACUACAGGAAUGUCAGUGUUCUGCCAUGGCCAGCGAAGAGCCCGGAUCUCAAUCCCAUUGAGCAUGUCUGGGACCUGUUGUAUCGGAGGGUUAGGGCUAGGGCCAUUCCCCCCCAGAAGUAGUUAUUUUGUCAAAUUUCAAGCAGCAAAAGGAAAAACUGCACUACCGGUAUCGUAACUUUAAAUGUAAUUUUAUUCAAUAUUGUGGCUUGUAAGGAACAUUUUACGAUUUUGCACACGUCUUGGGCUGUAUAUACCAAUUAAUUGUGUAUUAGAGCCUGAUUUUAAUCAGACCAUAAUAACACUAGCUACAGAUUUUGCUAGUAGUAGAUCAUGUUACACAAUCUAUUUUGAAGUACGCUCGCUCUUAUGUGAUAACCACAUGCUCUUAAAGUCCAGCUAGCUACCACUGUGACUGAUGUCAUCUCUGAUGUCUGUGACUGACCUGUAAGCUGCCAUUGUUUUAAGUUUUCUCUCCCUCCAUCUUACAGGGUUUGCUAGGGCAGUUGAGGCAGAUUGCUAGCAGAAUGGGCUCUGGUCCAAAGGGUGCAGGUCUCGGGGUCAAGCUGCUUAUAGGGGCAGGAGCACUUGCCUAUGGAGUCAAGGAAGCCACCUACACAGGUAAGGACAAGACAUACUAUUAGAGCCUGACCAAUGUAUCGUUUGACUGAUAUUAGCCUUUCACCGAUAUAUAUUUGUAUCAGUCUUUAUUCUACGGAUAAAGCGCCGAUAGAAUGAACAAAUACUUCUGCGAAUCAAAUGCUUUAAUGUUCAAUGGUUGCCUGAAGAGGGCACGCUAUGUGAGCUGCUCAUUGAAUAUCAUUCAGCCCUAGGUUAUAACGUGAGAGUAUGGUGGUUUGACGGUGAGUAGCCUGCACUGCCAGAGCAUUUAAAUAAUCAAAAGUACACUUCACCAAGCAAGCAGGGUUGUCCUUAUCAUGUCCUCACUUAGCUGGAUAGUUAACUGGCUAGGUAACCAUUGAAAAGCUAGACAGCAGGGUGGUAGUUAGCCUAGCUAGCUAGCAAUCCUUUGCUGCUGAUGUGCUAACAGCUGUUAGCUAGUGCUGGACUGGCGCAUAAGUGAACUCGUCUUUGACUUACCGUAUUGGUCCGAAUAUAAGACGGCCUUUUUUCCCCUCGAAAUAGGUCCAAAAAAGUCGGGUCGUCUUAUAUUCGGGGUCUAGUAUUCAGAGCGCAGUUUCUCUUCUUCGGCGCUCCCUUUAAAUGUCAAUACACAUUCGCGGGCACAGAUGGCGCCAAAAAUUCGUUCCGGACGGAGGGAAGAGGCGUCCUUAACAACCAGCCCGUUACCGGUGUUUAAAGAUGGAAAGACAGGCUGACCAUUUAGAGACAAGUGGCUCAAAAGUGGGCCAGGUCAAUAAACAACAGCGGAGGAGCUAUGAUGCCAAUUUCAAAAUAAUGGUUGUCAAUAAGGCAGAGUCAUCUAACAACUGCCAAGCUGCCAAGACAUUCGGGGUCACUGAGUGUAAUGUAAGAAGAUGGCGAGCAGAAAAACAACGUCUAAAAGAUGCUAACAGUCAGCGAAAAUCCUUCCGUGGUCCUCAAAGUGGUCGUUUCAUUGAGGUUGACCGGAGGGUUUUUGAAUAUGUCAGGGAAAAAAGAAGUGAGGGAAUGCCCAUUACCAGAGCUGUCAUCCAGGUUAAGGCCCUGGAAAUCGCCAGAGAGCUCAACAUCACUGGAUUUAAAGCCAGCCUCGGCUGGUGUCGUAGGAUGAUGCGGCGUAAUGGACUGUCACUUAGACGGAGAACGAGUUUGGCCCAACGCCUGCCGUCAGACUUCGGAGAGAAGCUGCUUUCGUUUCAGCGCUUUGUUAUCAACCUGAGGAAGAAGCACUCCUACCCGCUGGAUCAGAUCGGCAAUGCUGAUCAGACACCCGUUUAUUUCGACAUGCCAACAUCGGUGACUGUCAAUAGAAAGGGAGAAAAGUCUGUGUUGGUGAAAUCAACGGGCAACGAGAAGAGCCGCGUCACUGUCAUGUUGACAUGUCUCGCUGGUGGCAGCAAACUCCCCCCGUAUGUCAUUCUUAAGCGUAAGACUGUGCCAAAGGACCCAAUGCCAGCUGGCAUUAUUGUGCGCGCCCAGGAGAAGGGCUGGAUGGAGUCGGGGCUUGUAGUGGACUGGCUAAAGGUUGUGUGGGGCGCACGCUACGGGGGACUGAGGAAGAGGAGGAACAUGCUCGUUCUGGAUGCGUUCCGCGGACAUCUGACUGAGCCCGUGAAAAGUCAGGUGCGAGCAAUGAACGGGGAUCUUGUGAUCAUACCAGGGGGAAUGACAAGCCAGCUACAGGUGUUGGACGUAGUUGUGAACAAGCCUUUCAAGGAUAACCUGCGAAAAAAAAUACACAGAGUGGCUCCUGUCUGGCAACCACGCACUCACACCGACCGGGAAAAUACAGAAGCCGUCAGUCCGUCUACUGUGUGAAUGGAUCCUGCAUGCAUGGGAUGCUAUUCCCUCACAGAGCAUCAUCGAUGGCUUUAAAAAAUGUUGCAUCUCAAAUGCAUUGGACGGCAGCGAGGACGACGUGCUUUGGGAGGAGCCGGUGGAAGCGGAGCAGCUGGGGAGCGAUGACAGCGAGAGCGAACACAGCGGGGCAGAGGACGUGUGUGAGGGAUAGAGAGACAUCGGAGGAGAAGUUUGGCGAAUUUUUGUUAAGUUUAGUUAAAUGUGUGGCCUGUAUUUUCUCUGUUAUUUAAAAAUGUUGCUUUAUUAUUGCUUGAUAUUAAUUUUGAAUCAUACUGUACAUAGUUUGCCUUUGUGUUUAAUUCACUGUGUUUUUAAUAUUGUUAUUUUAAAAUAAAAUGAAGUUCUUUGUUCGGCAAAUCUAGUCUGCAAAUCUGUUUUUCUAAAUGUUUGUGUUGAAAAACGGGGGGUCGUCUUAUAAUCAGGGUCGUCUUAUAUUCGGACCAAUACGGUAAUACAAAAAUAACACUGUUACUGUCUGGGCCUAUUAUGUGUCGGUUUAGUUCGUUUUCCGAAAUAUGCAAUCUACAAAAAGCAAGACAGUUGGUGCAGUUCCUUUAGUCCAUGUGCUUGCAUGAGAUAAGGUUGUUAUAACUAGCCAGCUAGCUUGCUAAAUUACAAUGCAUGUUACUAAAACCAGUGCAAGCGUUUGCCUGCAUAAACAUUUUUAGUCAGCUGUUGCUUCAGUAUAUCCACAUAAUUUCCUUACUCGUGAUGCCAUCUAUUUUGUGUAGUGCACCAGGCCCUCCUGCAGCAAAGCACCCCCACAGCAUGAUGCUGUCACCCCUGUGUGUCACGGCAACAGCUCAAGACAUCAGUCAGGAAGUUAAAGCUUUGUCGCAAAAUGGUCUUCCAAAUGGACAAUGACCCCAAGCAUACUUCCAGAGUUGUGGCAAAAUGGCUUCUCAAUCCUAUAGAACAUUUGUGGGCAGAACUGAAAAAGCGUAUGCGAGCAAGGAGGCCUUCAAACCUGACUCAGUUACUCCACCUCUGUCAGGAGGAAUGGGCCAAAAUUCAUCCAACUUAUUGUGGGAAGCUUGUGGAAGGCUACACAAAACGUUUAACCAAGUUAAACAAUUUUUUAAAGGCAAUGCUACCAAAUACUAAUUGAGUAUGUAAACUUCUGACCCACUGGGAAUGUGAUGAAGGAAAUAAAAGCUGAAAUAAAUAAUUCUCUCCUAAUUAUUCUGACAUUUCACAUUCUUAAAAUAAAGUGGUGAUCCUAACUGACCUAAGACAGGGAAUUUUUACCAGGAUUAAAUGUCAAGAAUUGUGAAAAACUGAGUUUAAAUGUAUUUGGCUAAGGUGUAUGUAAACUUCGGACUUCUUCAACUGUAAAGACUGCAGCUUCCUUUUCAGUUUCGCUCCCAGAGCUUGAGGAAAGGUCUUCUCUUGUUCGCUUCGAUGUAUCAGAUAUCUUUUCCGAGCAUAUCAAAAUGCUGAUCAAAAAAUCAACAAAUGUUGCAUAAACGAGUUCUCUAAUCAAACCAAAUUGCACAGAAUAAUUUCAAACUAAAACGUAUCGUUCCUGUAUUGGAGCCCAUGUAUCUAGAUACGUAUUGCAUCGUCUUGAAAGGGAAAGAUGCAUAUCUUUAGUAUUUAGAUACAUGGGCUACGAUACAGGAACAAUACGUUUUAGUUUGAAAAUAUUUGGUUUGAUUAGAAAACAAAUCGAUGUACUAACAUUUGUUGCGUAAACACAUUCCUUUUCCAUUCUAAAUUUAAAAUCUGCUGCUGAUGGAGUUCAUGAGCUGGAUCUGUCUGAGCUGACUUCUCUGUUUGUGUGUGUAAAUGAUGUAUGUACUAAAUUAUAUAUGCACCUGAGCUGAGCCAUAAAGAAGACUAGGGAUGUACCACCCCACUAUCAGAUUAGAGAGGGCAGUGUAGCAUAUGUUUUGGGGGUUCUGAAAUCACCAUCACCCAUUAAUUCAACUUGUAAUUAUUGCAGAUGUAAAUGUUUGAGCUAGUAAUGUAUCCAUAUUUAUCGUUUACAACUUAGCUAUGACAUAGCCAAUGUGGUAAAUAUUCAACUUUGGAUUUUACCACUUGGAAGUUUAAGAAGUGAUCUCCUCUCGCUUAGGCCAUGCAAAAUUGAUUGGUGUCCUCGUUAAGAAAUGACUUACUUUACCCUGUCUAAAAAUGACCAUAUACACUGAUUGUUUAAAGCAAAACUAUUGCAGAUGGUGAAUCUGAACAAUCCAAAUAAAAUCUAUUGUAAGCCCGUUCAGCAGGUAUAGCCAGUUGAGAGUUGUUUCCCGGUAGGUUACUUUUUAUUCCCCGGUGAAACACCAUUUUCAACUGAACAUAGAGAACCAUAACCUAGAAAAUGACAUAGGUUGUCACUCAACUAAAUAAAACCUAAUCACGCAAGCCGCUUUAGCAUUUGAAUGCUGAAGGUGCUGCACAGAUGUGCAAGAUCAGGAACAGGCUGCCUACCUCGCGUUGGUCAGCGCGCGAAGCUGGGCAUAGUGCGCAGUUUGACUAGGCUACUGAUAUUGCCUGGGGUUGUUCGUCAUGCAAAAUGACUUGUAGGUCAAUACAGUUACGCAUUAGUGCUCACAAAAGAUGAGGUAUUUUCGAAGGUAGAAUGUAAUGUAAUGUAAUAUAAUAAUAUGCCAUUUAGCAGACGCUUUUAUCCAAAGCGACUUAGUCAUGCGUGCAUACAUUUUUACGUAUGGGUGGUCCCGGGGAUCGAACCCACUACCCUGGCGUUACAAGCGCCAUGCCCUACCAAUUGAGCCCCCCCCACAAAAAAUAGUGAACUGGUGAUUUUGUAAUGUUUUUAAAUACAUUUUCUGACUAAAGCAUGCUACAUUUUGAUCGGUUUGGGGUCCGGGGACCGACGCACUUGCAUCUUAAACAUUUGAAUCGGAGACUGAAGCGUAUCGGUGAAUCAUUACAUCCCAUAUAUAUAUAUAUAUAUAUAUAUAUUUAUUUAUUUAUUUGCAUAAUCAUCAUUUGUAUGGGGAAUGGUGGCCAUUGGCGUGACUUACCCCAAGGCAAACAUUUUGACUAUAUUAGCCCACACAGCUACAAGGAUGCACUUUCAUGCUACAUGAAAACAUUAAUUAUUUUAGCAGACGCUCUUAUCCAGAGCGACUUACAGUGGUGAGUGAAUACAUUUUCGUACUGGUCCUCCAUGGGAAUCGAAUCCACAACCCUGGCUUUUAGGACCUCCAUAUUGUAGCUUAUAGAGACCCCAACUGAUGUACAAAACAUCUUGAAACGAUCAUAUUCGGGGUCUAGUAUUCAGAGCGCAGUUUCUCUUCUUCGGCGCUCCCUUUAAAUGUCAAUACACAUUCGCGGGCACAGAUGGCGCCAAAAAUUCGUUCCGGACGGAGGGAAGAGGCGUCCUUAACAACCAGCCCGUUACCGGUGUUUAAAGAUGGAAAGACAGGCUGACCAUUUAGAGACAAGUGGCUCAAAAGUGGGCCAGGUCAAUAAACAACAGCGGAGGAGCUAUGAUGCCAAUUUCAAAAUAAUGGUUGUCAAUAAGGCAGAGUCAUCUAACAACUGCCAAGCUGCCAAGACAUUCGGGGUCACUGAGUGUAAUGUAAGAAGAUGGCGAGCAGAAAAACAACGUCUAAAAGAUGCUAACAGUCAGCGAAAAUCCUUCCGUGGUCCUCAAAGUGGUCGUUUCAUUGAGGUUGACCGGAGGGUUUUUGAAUAUGUCAGGGAAAAAAGAAGUGAGGGAAUGCCCAUUACCAGAGCUGUCAUCCAGGUUAAGGCCCUGGAAAUCGCCAGAGAGCUCAACAUCACUGGAUUUAAAGCCAGCCUCGGCUGGUGUCGUAGGAUGAUGCGGCGUAAUGGACUGUCACUUAGACGGAGAACGAGUUUGGCCCAACGCCUGCCGUCAGACUUCGGAGAGAAGCUGCUUUCGUUUCAGCGCUUUGUUAUCAACCUGAGGAAGAAGCACUCCUACCCGCUGGAUCAGAUCGGCAAUGCUGAUCAGACACCCGUUUAUUUCGACAUGCCAACAUCGGUGACUGUCAAUAGAAAGGGAGAUGUUGCUUUAUUAUUGCUUGAUAUUAAUUUUGAAUCAUACUGUACAUAGUUUGCCUUUGUGUUUAAUUCACUGUGUUUUUAAUAUUGUUAUUUUAAAAUAAAAUGAAGUUCUUUGUUCGGCAAAUCUAGUCUGCAAAUCUGUUUUUCUAAAUGUUUGUGUUGAAAAACGGGGGGUCGUCUUAUAAUCAGGGUCGUCUUAUAUUCGGACCAAUACGGUACUUUGGUUUAGAUACAAGCAUCAUGAAAUCUAAAACACAUUAAUUUGACUUUGUGAAAAUCUGUUUUUUGGACCGAACUUGCUUAGCACUUUUUCCAUGUGGUUUCUUCCUUCAGACUCAUGAAAUGAUGACCUCUUCCUAAAUAUUUGGUCACAUGAUACAUUUUGUGUAUGGUUUCAUAGAAACAAGGGUUGGCUCAACUUACCACCCUCUUCCCUAUCACAGAGUUUUGUGCCUAUACUUACAACGUGAUCGCUGCAAGACCAAGUUUAGCCUCGCACUUCAAUGCUCAAAGUUGUUGUGGAAAUCAACCGUAUAUUGCUAUUUAUGUCAUGCAUUGCUGACUCUACCUUUUUUAAUGGUAAUGGACAACCUUUAGCUGGGAUAACAUUGUAAAUUAAAGGAGAAUUGGGGGAGGGUGACCUUACUGCUUGACAGACUAGAGACAACACUGCGCUACAAGGACCCAAGGGCUCUUUCUCAAUCUUAACUCGAUUCCUCUCUCCUUUACUCACCACCUUCUCAAAUACAUUGGAGGAAAGGUUCAAAAGUAGAGUUAUUGGAUGUUCUCCAAUGCGACAUAAAGAGAGAGGACGCGAGUAGAGGAAAGGCAUUGAGAAAGAGCAGUGUUGUCUCUUGCUUGUCAAACAGUACGGACCCCUCCCGCAAUUCAACCUUCAUUCACACGGCUAUCCCGGGGAGUUGUCAGGACAUUUUCUAUUAACACUAUUGCAUCAGUGGGGGACUAGUUGCGCGUAUGUCUUUACAUCCUCAUUACCCCUGGAUCACAUGUUUGAAUCGUCAUUGAUAGACUGUAUUGCAACUGGUUUUAAAUGAGUUGUUCCUUUUCUCCUCAGUGGAAGGUGGUCAGAGGGCCAUAAUCUUCAACAGGAUUGGUGGGAUGCAGAUGGACACGGUACUCGCUGAGGGGCUCCACUUUAGGUAGGUGUCCUUCAUUAUCGCUGACCUCUCACCUUUGACCUCUUUGACUGGCAGUGCAGAGUUUGGUCGUGUUCAUUAGGCUCAUAAUGGAAGAAAACUGACUGAAAUAGGGAAGGACUACCUGCACAUGUCCAAUAAGAAACUCAUGUUCGUUUUCCUUUGCAAAACGUUUUAAUGUUUUCUGUUGUGUGCCCUAAUGAACACGAACGACCCUGAACUGUUUUCACAGCGGGGGAUGAGGGUGAUCCAUGUCUUUGGUGGACUGUUUAAACAAGGCUAUCCUAAUUCUACAUUCUCGUUAACAGGAUGCCAUGGUUCCAGUACCCUGUCAUCUAUGACAUAAGGGCGAGACCAAGAAAGAUAUCAUCCCUAACCGGAAGCAAAGGUGAUUUGAUGCUACACUUUUUUUGUGUCUGCAGUGGACAGUUUUUUUUUUUCAGAACAUUUAAUCCUGGUCAAAAUGAUCCUGUGUCUUGGGAUCAAAUAAAACCUUAUCUUGUUUGUAGCAUAUGAGAUGCUAUUCAGUUUUGUUAGAUGGAACACAUCUAGGAACAAACUGUACCUUUUUUAAACAGUCCUUUUUGUGAUUUGAUUAAGGACUUAACAACAGCACUUCAUUCAGUGGCCUGGGCCAUUCUAAACUGUAUAUUUGUAGAGAAUGACAUCCACUAAAACUAGAUCCACAUCUACUGAAUUGUAACGAGGUCCAUUAUUCCUGCUGUUGUUAUUGCAACACAUUGAUUCCUUGGCAGGAUGGAUUUAAUUUAUUUAUUUUGUUAUUGCUGUGGUGUCAGUACAGAAUGUAUUCAAAACAUUGUCUUGCCUCCUGGGUGCAGUGAGGCAAGUGGAAGAAAUAUUGGAUAAAGAACAUUCAUUAUUUUCAUAGAGAAGGAAAGACUGGCAAACAGUGAGUGGAGGCUAUGUUAAAGGCCCACUGUGAUAUUUACAACCAUUUUAGCCUAGUGGUUAAGAGCGUUGGAGCAGUUACCAAAAGGUUGCUGGUUUGAAUCCCGAGCCGGCAAGAUGGAAAAAUCUGCUGUUCUGCCCUAGAGCAAGGCAGUUAACCCCAAAAAACUGCUCCCCGGAUGCGAAUGACAUGGACGUUGAUUAAGGCAGCCCCCCGUACCUCUCUGAUUCAAAGGGGUUGGGUUAAAUGUGGAAGACACCUUUCCACUAUUGCGUCUAGAAAAUCACCUAAAAUGGCACUGACUCUCCUCCCCAUUAUUGUCUCUGUCCCGGUACAGACCUGCAGAUGGUGAACAUCGCCCUGCGUGUGCUGUCCCGUCCUGUGGCCUCCAACCUACCUGCCAUGUACCAGCAGCUGGGCAAGGACUACGAUGAGAAGGUGCUGCCCUCCAUUGUCAAUGAGGUGCUGAAGAGUGUGGUGGCCAAGUUCAACGCCUCGCAGCUCAUCACACAGAGAGCUCAGGUAUACAGGAAGGGGUGGUUUUGGGAAUGCUGUUUCUCUUAAAGUGAUAAAGUGCUAUGGUAAAGUUGUAGUAGAGCUAGGUAGUUGCUCUAUUAAACUUUUGCACUACCGAUAUGCACUUUAUCACCUUUAAUUUUGUUAAAUAAAUGAGUCUGAAGAAGUUUUCUGCAUUAUGCAAAAAUUUACACAACAUUUGUCCUGGCUCCAUGCACCUGCAGCAUACUGAAUGUACUUUAACGAAUUGAACUCAGUAAUGGCCUUCUCACUUGGAAUAGGUUUUAAUAGUUUCUUUUCUAAUCGAAAUGCGUUUUAGAAUGAUGGACCAAUGGAACUAAAAGGGUUCUUCUGUCAUUAGGUGUCCCUGAUGAUUCGGCGGGAGCUCUUUGAACGGGCCAAGGACUUCAACAUCAUCCUGGAUGACGUGGCCAUCACCGAGCUGAGCUUCAGCAGGGAGUACACAGCCGCCGUGGAAGCCAAGCAAGUCGGUGAGGAGGCUCACACUCAUACCCUCGCUAUUCCGUAUAUAGUAGACUACUUUUUUUUUACCAGAACCCUAUAGGAUUUAAAAUCUUUCAAAUACUAAAAACUACAUUCUGGUAUUUGAAAAACUAAACUGGGUCCCCAUUGUUUUGGUAUACAGCUGAGGGAUGGGACUGGGGAAAUGUAACCACUCAAAAUCAUAGACUGCACUCUAGAUCAGGGGUUCCCCAAAUAUUUUUGCUUCGUGACCCACCAAUUGAAGUGUCUUUUGAGUCACGACCCACCAUAAUUGUUGAGCGGUGAAAAAACAUACAGUGGGGAAAGAAUAAGUAAAAAAUAUUAUCUUGGCAGCAGAGAAAAAAAUGCUGUUUCAAAGCUAAUCUCCUGCAAUUCCACACAUCCUGCCAUGGAGCUGAAAGAAAAUGUUGCCAUUUUAAAGCCAAUUUCCUGCAAUUCUAUACAUUUUGCCGUGGAGCUUGAUCUUUUUUGCAGUUAAGCUAAUUUCCUACAAUUGUACGCAUUUUGACACGGCUAAUGCUGUGUUAUGCUCAAACAUUCAAACAAAAUCAAUGGGGGCCUGAUUGUCUAGCUUUUUAUUUUGUUGAUUGUAAAUUCUCAAAGGCUAAUAUUGAAAAUUAUUUUGGUCCAUCAGACUGGCGGCAGGAUAAAGUGACUAAGGGGGCAGUUGAAAUCGGCGAGGGGCCACAUUUUUUGGGGCUUCUUGCAUUGGAAUUAUAUUGAAUUCUGAUUACAGUGCCUUCAGAAAUUGUUCAUACCCCUUGACUUUCCACAUUUUGUUGUUACAAAGUAGGAUUACAAUUUAUUUAAUUGUGAUUAUUUUAUUUUUACGAUCUACACAAAAUAUUCUGUAAUGUCAAAGUGGAAGAAAAAUUCUAACAUAAAAAAUAAAAACAAUACAUCUUGAUUAGGUAAGUAUUCAACCCCCUGAGUCAAUACAUGUUAGAAUGACCUUUGGCAGCGAUUACAGCUGUGAGUCUUUCUGGAUAAGUCUCUAAGAGCUUUGCACACCUGGAUUGUACAAAAUGUGCACAUUAUUAUUAGAUUUUAAUUCUACAAGCUCUGUCAAGUUGGUUGUUAAUCAUUGCUCCCUCAGACUGACCAUCAGAUGCAGGCCAUCAGUCCAGUAAAAUAAGAACAGCAAAUUAUUAUGCUCUCUGUGCUUCACAAGUAAUAAAACAAAUUAUCUAUUACCAGUGUGAUCAUAUACCUACAAUUUUGAAAUAUAAUUUCAAAAUGGUCUGAGAAGAACAACGUUGGCAGGGCAAGUGUAUGAAAAUGUAUGCACUCACUAACUGUAAGUCGCUCUGGAUAAGAGCGUCUGCUAAGUGAAUAAAAUAAAAUGUAAAAAUAGCCAAUAUGCAGUGAUAAUGUAUUGGGCCUGUAGCCUACUGUGUAAACCUCAUUGCUACAGAACUGUUUUUAAUAGGUUAAUGUUGCAUAGGCUUAUGUUUUUUUGUGUUUUUUUUUUUUUUAAGUGAUUUAAAAAAAAAUCUGAGCAGUAGAUCUCUGCUUGCUUUUAGACACAAAGUGAUCUUGGUGACCCAAACGCAGUAAACUAAAGGUGAAUGGAGAUCCAAAUAACCAAAACGGCCUACUACAGUGCCUCCUGCCGUUGUGAUAUGGCACAAUACACUUCUGUGAAUCAAGUUCGACCCAUAUAAACAAUUAAGCAAUGCCAGCCUACCAUAAACACGUUUCUAAUACGUACAGGUCCAUUUACAACCACAAAAACCAAUAGACUACCAAGAAAACCUUUAAUAUUUAGAAUGUAUCUAUUUCUAUGAUUAAACAUACUGAUAUGUACCUAUACACAGUGUCGUCAUUUGGGUCUUGCAUUGGGAUUAUAUAGAACUCUGCUUAUAUCAAUCACGCUAUACCACAAUAAACAUACGUUCAAAUGCUUUUGACCAAGAAGUGACCGGUUGGCGCGAAAUCUCUGCUGCGCUCUAUCAGCACCAUGGACAGCGCCCUACAUCCAAAAGCAAGAUUUUGAUAAAAAAAACAACCAGCUAGAUUGUUUCUUACCUUUUCAGAGGAGCCACAUUUACGUGUCCUUAAAAACAGCCUAUAACUAAUUUCAGAAACACUAUUCCUUGUUUGGAUCUGUAGCAUAUGCAAAACUUUAUAGCUUAAUGUUUUAUUGGUAUUUACUUUCCAAAAACAAUUCAUUACAGGAAUCAUGAGGAUAAUGUACUUCACUGUUUGACCAAAUAAUGGUAAAAGCCUCCUAAGAAAUAGGAUGUUUUUAGUGAGGUGAAUGAAUCUGCAGCCCGCACCAAUGCAACCAAUAAAAUAAAAAGAAGUGCUCCCACAGCCAGGUGUCAAAGGGUCGCAAAGAUGCGACUAAAGGGUCGCAGUCUGGAGUCCUGCCCUGUAGGCUUUUCACUAUAGGCGUACUCAAACUUUCGUUUUACUACAAUGAUAAAUACCUCCCUUUGCAAACAGUAGUAGCCUAGGCCAAGGCUCCUCUCUCGCGUUCUCUCUCCUCAGCAGCAGGGCAGCCCCGGACAGUUUGGCCGGCUACAAUUGUAUUUAUCGGCUUUUUAAUUUAUUUUAUCGGCCAAAAGCCAGCAAUUACCGGCUAACGGAAACCCUGCAUCCCAGUGGCUUUCUAUAGCCCCCCUACACACACCGCGACACGCUCUGUCCAUUGUGCUGACACCGAGCAGCGACGAUACAUAUUUUGCGGCAACCUCAAUCAUUAGAACUUUUUAGCUAUUUUUAUAUAGGGACAUAAAACUAAAACGGCACAAGUUUCAACUGAGGGGGCUAAGCCCGCUUUUGCCCCCUUAUUGAGCCGGGUACGAGGUACAUUAUGUGUUUUAGUCGUUUUAAGUUUGCACUGAAAGUCUUUUUUUUUCGAACCCACCUGAACCCCUGACGUGACCCACAGUGUUGGCUAAUGGGUAUAUUUUAGCAAUUACUUGAGCAAUUCUUUUCACUUUUACUUGAGUAAUUUUCUAUUAAGGUAUAUUUUACAAUUGGUUACAUUCUUCACUGCUGAUAUCCACAGUUUUAACCAUUUGAAGCUAUGCACUAGUUGUUUACCUUCUUGUUGUUGUAUAAACAAUUGAGUAAUGAACCUUAUAUUUUGGGUUAUGAUAAAGAAAGACAAUAGUUAGACCUAAAUUCUUAAAGAAUCAAAGGGAAAAUAUCAAAAAUUACAAUGACCAUUGAACUGCUUUCCAAAUCUUGGACUGUAGCUUAAGGCUAUGCUUCAUUGAGUUUGCCUGAUGUAGUAAAGAAAGUUCUAGAACCAUUUCUCUGGUCACGGUAACGUAAUCACCUCGCUCUGCAUUUUCACCCCAGCCCAGCAGGAGGCGCAGAGGGCCUUCUUCUAUGUCGAGAAAGCCUUGCAGGACCAGAGGCAGAAGAUCAUCCAGGCUGAAGGAGAGGCAGAGGCCGCUAAAAUGGUGAGCUCUGAAGAGGAGACUCCACUCAACCACACGCACAGCUAAAGCCGGUCCCAAAUCGCUUCCUAACCCUUCAAUGUUAUAUAUAUAUGAAGGGUCUGGAUAGGUUUAGUGGAAGAACCUCUACAAUAUUGCUUCCACCUUACAGAUCUGCAAACAUUGAAGGGCUAAGGCCAAAUGGAGGUUUAGGGAGCGAUUUGGACCAGCUGUUACACUUUCCCUUCCCUUGCACUCAUGUUGGUCUACCAUACACACACUGCUGCAUCCAUAGAAAUGGAUGUAUUAUUAUUUGAUCUAUUUCUAUGGCAGCACGUCACUCUCUUGUUGUGGUUUUUAGGUUAAACAGUAGUGAGCUAUUGCUCUUAAUUUUAAUCUCACAGAUGCGACCAGUCUCCAGUGGUGUAUAGAUAAGAUUUGUGUAACAACAUUCCGGAAGUUUUCCAGAAAUCCCAUUUGGAAGAUUCCCAGAAUUAGCAGGAAAUCCAGAGGCUUUCAACCAGGAUUUCUGGAAAACCAGGGAAUUCUGGGGAAAUUACCAGAAUUUUGCGACCCUAGAUAAGAUGGUAAUGCUGGUAGAAAUGCACUGCAGAUAUGAGACUGUACACUGAUUUUGUCUUUAAAAAAAUCCAAUACAGGCAGGUAGUAAUGCAUCUCCAUAUUUUGUAAAAAUCAAAAACAAUGCUUCAUUUUUGACAUCUCCAACGGGAUGUUCAGUUCCUCUGUUUACAUCAGUUGUAACUUAGUUCCAUCUCAAACAAGAUGCCAGAGAUCUCAGAAAAGUGAUGAGCUCCUAUCUACCUUGGAAAGUCUACAUCUAUAUUUUUGUUGCUUCAAGCUCUCUGACCACUCUGAAAGGUGUUUGGCGAGAUCAAGUGGAUACUACAUUUUGCUCACUGACGCUUAUUUACAUUUCUAGCUGUUUUCAAACACAUCCGAUGUCUGUCAGGCUUCUUUGUUUGCUUGUAGGUUUAUUUUGCCCAUCCGGCCUUCAUUGUGUCAUGAAAUGUUAAGCUAACCAUGUCUAAAAUGGAAUGAACUAAAGGUUCACCUUUAAAAAAACAAAAAAAAUAACAUUAACCAUUUCUGGUCUACACAUCAUUGACUGAAAAGAACAAGUGCACUGGGUUUAUCUUGAUUUUAUUCACUCUUUGAAAUACCUUUCUGGUGCUUUUAGGACGUGUGCAUGCCACAUUUCACCUUUUAAAACUUUGUGUAAUUUAACUGACACAACUUAAUGAGUUGACUAAUGUGAUUUGUGUCCUGGCUGGAUCAUAGACAAAGCCAGACUAGUAGAACCUGCUGGAUGUGGGCUAGGCUAUGCCCUCUGGGGUAUAUUGAGGAACCAAGAUGGGGAUACAUUAACCAAUUUGCCUUUUCUUAUUUGUGUAACUGUAGUUGGGUGAGGCGGUGACAAAGAACCCUGGCUACCUGAAACUCCGGAAGAUCCGAGCGGCUCAGAAUAUUGCCAAGACGGUACGGAAAUCCAGUUGUUUGUUAAUCGUUCAUAGGCCCUGUUGAAAUACUUUAAGAUUGCAUCCUUCCUUCCUCCCUUAACUAAUCAGACAUGGUGGGAUUGGUGAAAGCUAUGUGAUGAAACCAUUGUUACAUCUAUCAAUUUGUGUGAGAUCAGUGAAGAAGGUAGGAAGGAAGGGUGGUCAAAAGGGCAAUAGUGAUUUAUUUUUUCCUUAGCCCACUAGAUGGUGCACAAUGACCACUUUCUAUAGCAGGAUGCAUCUGGAUUUUAAUAGUUGCGUUCCUCUCGCAAAUUGACCCCUCUGUGUGCAACGGAUAAUUUUUUUUUUUACAAUACAAUCGUAUAUCCACGAUGUUUGGACAGGAUGAUGGGACAAUGUAUCAUUCCAGACAUCGCCCAACCCUACUGACUACUGUUUGAUCUCCAGGUGGCGACGUCGCAGAACAAGGUGUACCUGAGUGCAGAUAACCUGGUGUUGAACCUCCAGGACAACACAAGCAACAGCUUCAGCAAGUAUGUUCCCUUCUGUUCCCCUCAAAGACUGUUUUACCUGGGUUGUGUUCAUUAGGCACCAAAUGGAAGACGACAGGCUGAAACAGGGCGGGACUACUUAGACUUGUCCAAUAAGAAACGCUCAUUCUUGUUUUUCGUGUUGUAAAACGUUUUCCAUUGUGUGCCCUAAUGAACACGACCUGUAUGCAUUCUGUUUAUUAUUUAUUUUAUUCAUUUAAAAGCACUUUGGUUUAGAGUUUUAAAAAAUUAUAAAUAUUCAUAUUAAAAAUGAAAUGAAAAUAAAAAAUAUAACAAACAAGAAAUAUAUAUAUAUAUAUAUAUAUAUAUAUACAUACAUACAUACAUACAUACAUACAUACAUACACACACACAUACACACACACACACACACACACACACACACACACACACACACACACACACACACACACACUGACGAAAGAGGAAAGGUGUGCCAGGGGUGGAAGUAAGCCUUAAAGGCUCAGUGUAGUCAAAAAUGUGAUUUCCCUGUGUUUGAUAUAUAUUUGCACAUUAUGAGGUUGGAAUAAUACUGUGAUAUUGUGAAAGUUAUGAUGAUGCCCUUUUAGUGUAAACACUUUUAGAAAAGACAGCCUGAAAUUUCAGUCUGUUUUGGUGGGAUGGAGUUUUGACCUGCCUGGUGACAUAACCAGGUGGUAAAGUACUUAAUAGACCAAUAAGAAAGAAGGUACCAAAUCUCUCUGCCAAUAACAGCUAGUUUUCAGAUUUCCCUUCCCCACUCAGACCACUCCCAGACAGUCCUAGCAAAUUUCCUGCUUGAAAUUGCUCUUUUGCUAAGAAGCAAUUUGUUUCUUUAAAAAAAAAUCAUUUUAAUUAUAAGUAAUCAAUGGUAGGGUACUUAAUUGUUACCCAGAAAUGAUUUGAUAUUAAGAUAGAAACGGCUGCUUUGGACCUUUUUUUUAAAGGCCUGCUUUAACUGCCCCAACAGUUUGAGCAGGUUGGGAGAAAUAGGCUGGAUGAGCCCUGAGAUUAUCAGCAAGGCUGUUCCAGAGACGCUUCCAGAGAUUGAGGAAGAAUUGAAGAACCCUGAGAUGUUGAGCAUGGCUGUUCCAGUGACACUUCCAGAGAUUGAGGAAGAAUUGAAGACCCCUGAGAUGGCCAGUGUUCCUGAGAUGCUUCCAGGGCUUGAUGAACAAAACGUCUCGAAGAGCCCUGAAAUUGUCAGCAUGGCUGUUCCAGAGAUUGAGGAAGAACAAGAAUUGAAGAUCCAUGAGAUGGUCGUUGUUCCAGAGACGAGGAGUGAGGCAGGAGAAUACCUGGUCCCCAAUAUUGCGGCGGCGGGUCCUGGGGGCGUGGAGCAAAAUGGCGAGGCUUGA